UGCUGUCAUCGGGCUAGGCGGGUAGAUGCCCCACAUGUAGGAGCCGUAGACAAGCCAAUAUCUGACCGCCAAACACCUUGUUAUCGCAGAAUGCGUCGGUGAAAAACGAUAUAAACCGUGAGGGAUCGUAUGACAAACGUCUGUACUUCUAUAUAGACCUGAAUAAUACCAUUGGACGCAUGUAUAGAAAUCGUGGAUCAUUGGGAGGAAAUUACAUUGAAACCAUGAGUUGCAGAUGGGGGACGGAGCUGUGGGACCAGUUUGACAACUUGGAAAAACACACCCACUGGGGCAUUGAGUUUGUGGAGAGGUAUACAAAAUUUGUUAAGGAAAGAUCUGAAAUUGAAAUCAGCUAUGCAAAGCAAAUAAGAAACCUCUCGAAAAAAUAUCAGCUAAAGAAAAACUCAAGAGAGGAAGAUGAAUACAAGUAUACAUCCUGUCGAGCAUUCCUGAUGACUCUGAAUGAGUUGAAUGACUAUGCAGGACAACACGAGGUCAUCGCUGAGAAUCUCACUACUCAUAUCAUCUGUGAGCUGACACGCUACAUCCAAGACCUGAAAGCAGAGAGAAAAUCGCAUUUCCAUGAUGGACGCAGAGCUCAGCAGCACAUUGAGAACUCUUGGAAACAACUGGAAUCUAGUAAACGGAGGUUCGAGAGGGACUGCAAGGAAGCAGACCGAGCCCAGCAGUACUUCGACAAGAUCGACGCUGACAUCAAUGUGACUAAAGCGGAUGUAGAAAAGCGAUGCUCUCUCAAGGCCAGACAGCAGGCGCAGAUGAAACACCAGGUGGCAGAGGACAGCAAGAAUGAAUACAUCUCCUACCUGCAGAAGUUCAACAAGGAACAGAAUGAGCAUUAUUACACCCUCAUACCUCACAUCUUUCAGAAAAUACAGGAGAUGGAAGAGAAGCGGAUUGAGAGAGUGGGAGAGUCUAUGAAGACGUACGCGGAGGUCGACAGAAAAGUGUUACCUAUUGUCGGCAAAUGUUUAGAUGGCAUGACCAACGCUGCAGCCUCCAUCCAGCCAAAGAUGGACACAAAGCAAGUGGUGGAAUCCUACAAGUCUGGCUUUGAGCCACCUGGCGACGUAGAGUUCGAGGACUAUAGCAUGUCGAUGAGACGGACCGUGUCAGAGUCCAGCUACCUGAACUCGCGUGGGGAGGGCAAGCCCAGUCGCAGCAACAGUCGGGGAAAACUGUGGCCUUUCAUAAAGAGAAACAAGCUUAUGUCUUUGUUAGCUUCCCCGCGUCAGCCACCUCCUCCCCCCCCCACUUCCCCCUCACCUGGAGCCGUGUCCAAUGGCCCCCAGUCUCCUCAGCAGCCCAAGGAACCCCUCUCCCACCGACUCAACGAGUUCAUGACUUCCAAACAUAAAAUGCACUGCUUAAGGAGUCUGAAGCGCGGGCUUUCCCUCAAACUGGGUUCUGGCCCAGAAGAUUGUAGUCACCUACCUCCCGAACAAAGGAGGAAGAAACUCCAUGCCAAAAUCAUUGACAUUAACAAGGAAAUACAAAAAGAAAUUGACCAGAGGGAUGCUCUGACCAAAAUGAGGGAGGUGUAUAUCAAGAACCCACACAUGGGUGACCCAAACAGUCUGGAUCCAAGAUUAGAGGAGAUUAACCAAAAUAUUGACAAGCUACAACUGGAUGCAAGGAAACACGAAGCCUGGCUUUUAGAGGUGGAGACCAGGUUAACAGAACAGGGGGAUCCACAACGACGCCAGAGCGGAUUUUAUGACUCCCAGGCUACCACACCUGUCAACAACAACUGUGCUCCAGUUAACCGAGAGAGCCCGGACGGCAGCUACACAGAGGAUCACAGCACAGAGCAUCACCUCAAAUCUCGGAGUACCGAGUUCGACGAUGACUUUGACGAUGAUGACCCUCUCCCAACCAUUGGAACCUGUAAAUCCCUCUACCCUUUCGAAGGUCAGAAUGAAGGCACCAUUUCCAUGGCCGAGGGGGAGCUGCUGUAUGUGAUCGAGGAGGACAAGGGGGACGGGUGGACUCGAGUGCGACGGAACCAAGACGAAGAGGGAUAUGUACCCACUUCUUACAUCAAGGUCUUUUUCGACACGAAUGCCAAAGGUGCUAUGACAUACAUAUAAUUGUCCUUCUGAGAGAGAGAGACACAAUGGGUGGACAAACAAAAAAACUAACGUCCUGACAUUUUAACUCCCCUGAACUCUGGUGUUUUAUCCGAAAACAUCCCAGAAUAAUUCGAGAAGGAACAGAGUGCCGGACUGCGUUUCCAUUUGUACUUGUGUUUUUAUGUUCUGUCAUCUUGCUCCCAUUCAAGUUUUUGGAGAAGUAUUUUUAUUUUGUGGGUUCAAAGGGGUGUGGAUGUAUAAUCGGAGCCGACUCAAACCCACAUUUGAUGCCACUUACAACUUGCUUUUAAGGCCAAUAUUAAUAACCAGUGUACAUUUCUUCAUUUAUUUGACCAGCAAAUAUAGGCUGUAUGUACAGUACGGUUUCUCCUAUUGGAAAGCACUACACCUGAACAUAUCAGUUCCUAGUGGGAAUAGCUAUUAUUGCAUGCUUAAAGAGACCCUAUUUUUAUGCAAGUUAGGUUCUUCCAGCCUCCAAUGCAUUGCAUGCACAGUGCAUGGUAUAGGUGACUGCGCUUGAGUAGCAGCCAUGUUUGCCAGUGGAUGACUGUGAAGCCUGCAAAGGGGAGAGGCGUACUAAAUCAGUUGUCGCAUGUGGACAUGUUUCAAAGUUUUAAAGUGGACUUGCAUUUUUACACCGCAGCAAAAGCAAUGUGACAUUUAGAAAAGGACACACUUGCAUGCUAUCUUGAUUAGCAGCGACACAAUAGUAGCGUUUUGUCUUUGCCAAGUUGUUGUUGACCCUUUCCAAAAUCUUGGGGUUCACUGAAGAGCCUGAACUACUGAAUAUCGUGCUAAGUUUUCAGUGGUGUUCUCAAAAGGCUGACCUUCAUUUCAUUCUGUGAUACAUGGUAAUGCAAACACCAUCAUUCCAUCGUGAAUCAUUUAUUUUGUCCCUGCUUUGUUUCUUUAUUUGACAUGAAGUAGUUCUGCAUGCCACAACCAAAUAAUAAGUCCAAGUUAGCCAGAUGACAUGAAUAAAAUAGUAUUACAACUAGAUGGUGUUCCUCUGUUUUGAAAAGUAACAAAUGCAGCCUCAGGUUUUCUGUACUAUGAUUUUCUAUUGAUGGUCAGAAACAUGCUCUUGUGCCGCAUAGCCAGGACGUUUUCGCAAACUGUCAGAAUGAUUGUCCAAAGAUCAAGGAAUGUCAUGGAAUUACUUUCCUCUUGUCUUAAUGCCUCUAACAUGUCUUGUGUGAUUUUUGUUUGUUUGCUUUUUUGUUUGCUUUUUUCUUAUUGCAGAUUCCUAAAAGUCUUUGGCACGCACAGGGACUGCAGGGCACAGGUCCUUGCCAAAAGCGCCCUCCUCUUAGAACUGUAGUCAGAGAGACGACAGACUAGAGGGACGAGUUGCAAAGCAGGUCCAAUUUGCGACCCAGUGCAGAAAUCCAGUGGGUUUCUUUUGAACGGAGCAAAAACAACACAUUGUUGGGCAACCACCAUUUCGAGUCAUUUUCCUACUGAUUGUUUUUGCAAGCUUGCUUCUUGUUUUUCUAACUGGGGAUGAGUAUUUUCAUGUUGUGGCUGCCUGUUGUUCUUCUGUACCUGGCCCUUAGGGGCGGUACCUGUUUAAGGGGGGGGGAGUCUGAGACAGCCUUGUUACACACUGAGGACUCGUAAACCUGCAUUUAAUCUAGCAUUAUGACAAACACCACGCCAAAAUACCCAUGCAAAACACCAACACCAAUAGGCCGGAAUUCAAUUGGUUAAUUCUUGUGGCAAAGAAAAGUAGGCGUUCUGUCUGCGCCACUUAGAAAGCAUGUUUACAUUUCUGUCAGUCGGACGAAACAGAAGCAAAUAAAUCUUUGCACUGGAACAGUGAUUCUGCUAUUCCAGAUGAAUUCAAUUCCAGGCCUUAUUUAGCACAGUAAUGUGUCACGGUUACUGUCCACACGUGUAUGUAUAUUGGGGUAUAUAGCUUACAUAUACUAUAUACUGAUCAUACAUAAAUAACACUGAUUGUUGGCUUGAAACAUCUCUGCACUCAUUUGUUUUAGAAGCACUUUGAACACUGAGCUUUAGUUUGGACACCAGGGCAAACGAGUGCAUUGUGUUCUCUGACUUAGGAGUCAGUGCAGCUUUGCUGAUAAACAUACAACCUGAAUGGAGACGACAGCCCUCUUUCCACACUCGUUUGCUCUCUCUUGUUGCCUUGCAAUCCGCACGUGAGUGACAGCUCCUCUCUCUGGCUACACCCCCACACACAGGCAGUAGCCAUGGCGAUUGUCUCACAACUCUCUUUCUCCGUCUCUCACCCUGUUUUCUUUUCCUGUCUUUCUCGCUACUUGUGGUGGCAGUAGCUUCUCUCCGGUUGGCGCUGUGUUUCUCUACGCAUGCAUGCUUGCCCUGUCUUCUUGCCUGUGCCGGUCCUAAAGGGAAGGGGGCAGACUGGAUCUCUGUUACGUUACCUCAUCACAUGUGAUACCCCGCCUCGUCUCUCUCCUGCCCUGUGUUUGUGCCUGUGGUUUUGUAAUUUCAAAAGGUUUUUUUUUCUUUACUUGUUUUGUCAGUGCAUGACCAGUUUGUUUUCUCCUUGAAUUCUUGAUAUGUUCAUGCAGUUUCAUUAUCUUCCAGAAAGAUACUGACAGUUUUAUAUUUCUGCUGGUUAUUUUUAAGUUUGAAAGCUUUCAUUUAUAUUAACUGAGGUACAGUAUAUGGGACCUGCUGCUCUUUACAUUAGCUGGUGACCACCUCCAACUGACAAACUUUAGUAUUUGUAUGUCCGUUGAUAAAGAGAUACAUAUUACCGAACUUAAGUCUCAGUGUAUUCUGUAAGUAUUUUGUGCUUUGAAUUCACUGUGUACUGUCCCUUUGAAAACAUACCGGUACACAGUACAUAACUGAUGUGAAAGCAACCUUUGUUUGUUGACUGUUGAUAGUAAGGAUGUAAUUACUCUGCUGUGUGAUGUGAUAACUAUGCUAAAGCUUGGAAUCAUGUCCUUAUUUUCAUUUUAUUUUAUAGUAAAAUAAUGCCUGUUUAUUUAUUUUAAGAACAAUAGUUUUUGUUAUUCCACGUUGGGAUUUGUUUCUCUUGGAAAUUUGAUCUGAAGUCUAAUAUACUAUGUUGGAAAUAAAUGAGAUAAUGAA